AUGAAUAUCCCAGGAUUCCUUCCAGCUGUUUUCCAGCUCUUCACUCCAGGGGUCCACACCAUCCAGAGGAUGUAUGGCUGGGAAAUUUCCCCCGACCUGACCUUCAAGCGAGGGUUUGAACAAUGCGCCUACGACUGCCCUGGACACAUAGACCUACACGUGGACUGCGGUGGUGCGGAGGCUGUGAAUGAAAAGCACAAGUGGGAGGCUGAGAGGAGCUAUGUGGAGAGAGCGAAAGCUUAUCUGGAGGAGGAGACGGGGCAGUGGCCACAGAAGUACCCGGAGAUGGGGAAGGAUACUCUGCUUAGCACAGACCCUCCUUCUGCCCUUGUGACCCAUCACAGCAGCCCCAAGGGGGAGGUGAACCUUCGGUGCCGGGCCCAGAACUUUUACCUUGUGGACAUCUCCCUGACUUGGAUCAGGGAUGGGGAGGAACAGCUGCUAGACACGGAGUCCAUUGAGACCAGGCCUGCAGGAAAUGGCACCUUCCAGAAGUGGGCAGCUAUGGGGAUGCCCUCAGGCCAGGAAGGGAGAUACACCUGCCGAGUUCAGCACGAGGAGCUGCUUGAGCCCCUCACCCUGAAAUGGGAGCCAGAGUCCUCAUCCAUCAGGAUCAUUGUGGGGGUCAUUGCUGCUGUCCUCACUGCAGUCAUUCCUGGAGUUGUGAUCUGGAGGAACAAGAAGUCAGGUGGACAAGGAGGGGACUAUUUUCAGGCUGCAGACAAUGACAGUGCACAGGGGUCAGAUGUUUCUCUCACAGCCAAAGGUGAGACUCUGGGGAUCCUGGAGCUGGAGAGGGGCUGGUGUAAAGAGGGCCAAGCAGAGGAAGCAUUGGCCCCUGUGGUCAUCACUCUACUGGCCAUAUACUCUACUGGCCAAAUCCCAGGGAAGCAUCGUUAG